UAGGCAUGGCUCUACUGUGACAGAGAGGCCAAUUUCCCUCUUGGGUUCUUAAUUUGGAUGCAGAGACUCAUUAUAGUCUGCGAUUAUAUUGACUCUCUCACCAGCCCACUCGAAAUGAUUGUUUUCAAUUUCCGCAUCUAUGACCCAUCUGCGAAGAACGCGCCGUAGGUCGCGAGAUUUUCGAUGCCUCCGAUCCCCUCUCAGCGUGGAGUCACAUCCUACGAGAGCCUGCAUCUCUCAGACGAAGAUAUUGGUUUCCUCUAUGAAAUCGUCACCCGUGCCGAACGAAAUUCCGAAGUUGAGCGACUCCCGUUUCGGGCUCUUUUUGCAGCAUACGAUGAGGUUGUUGCAGAACAUGGCGUCGACCCAGAUGAGGGUCAGGCGUACUUGCGCUUCCUGUUCAAGAUGGGGCCCAAGGGCCUCCAGGGCGAGUCCCUGUUGGACAGGUUCAAUAAUGUCCUCCAUGAAAUGGGGAUAAUUGUGGAGUUAGUUGAUGACGAUGAUGACGACCAUGGUGAUAGCAGUCGUAUCAUGUCCCAUAAGCAUCAUGAGGAUUCAGCGGGCGUUGACGAUUGGCGCGGUCGAAGUGUGAACCACGUGAAUCAUGUCAACCGCGAGCAGGUCUCAAGGCAAGAGGAUACGACGCAACAAAUUCCGCGGAGACGGGCCUCCUUCAAUUCGAUGUACGAUGUUGGUGAAGAUAUCACUCAGCGGAGUUUCGCAAAUCGCCCCAGUUCGCGCUCUUCAAUGUCCCGGCUGCAGGUGGGGAAGACUGAGUUUCCAGAGACAAAAUCGCACUCGAAGAAAGGCAGUGCUAGACGGUCGGGCUCCCCAGAUAGGACUCAAUUACUUGCGCAGUUUCUAGAAGCUGGACGCCUCCUUAUGAACAGGCUUCAUUCACUAAAGCAGAAAAAUCGAGAGCCGGAAGGUCGCCUCCCCAAUGGCCAUCUUUCGGAAUCCGAUAUGGAACGGACUAAAAUGGAACGGGUUAUCCCUUCUUGGAAAAAACAUGAAUUAAAUUCAUCUUCGGGCUCUGAAGAAUCUGAAGAGUCAUCCGUGUCUGAAGGCAACGAUGAGAAUGAGGAUCUUGAAAAAUACGAAGCUCCUCCUGAGCUGCUAUAUAGACCAUCCAUUUCGGACUUACUUCGUGACGCAUCAACCUUCAACAUGUAUCGUCAACGUGCAAUAAGUCGCCGUAUUCUCACUCAAUGGCUGAAGAAGGCGGUACAGACACGACAGAGUCAUCAAAACAUGGAGGUUGUUGCUGUCAACCGGGAUAGGAAUACUCUUAUCCGUCAGGCUUUUGACACCUGGCGCUCAAUAUACCUGGGAAGGCGACAGGAAGCUAGGACGGAACGAUUUUUCAAACAUCUAGAGGAACGUGCUGCGCGGGCCCGAGAUUUAUAUCUGAUGACCAAAGCGUUUACGCACUGGGCACAGAUCGCAUCUGAUGAAGUUGCUAAAACUUCUGCUGCACGGCGACAUAUUUUGGGAGUUAAGUAUUUUAACGCUUGGAGAGAAAUAACCGCUGUCAAUGAAUUAAAGUCUCAACGUUUCUCAUUGCGGAGGCCGUUCUAUUCUUGGAGGAAGAAAGUUGACCAGAUCAAAGCCAUCGAGGUGGAGGCAGUCACUGUUUAUGAGAAGAAUCUGUUGCACUCUACCUAUUGGCAAUGGUUUUGGACAUUUUGCGACCGACGCGCACCGCAGUGGUAUGAAUGGUGCCUGAAGCGACGCUCUCUUAUUUUCUGGCUUCGGGGUUUCCGAACCAACAGGGAACGCAUUCAUGAGAUCGAUGCCGAUAAUAAACGUCAGCUGCUUGGAUCAGCGUUACAAAACUGGUCUCAGAAGUCUGAAGCUAUUAUUUCCGCUGAACGUGAGGCAGAAUCCUUGUGGCGCCAACGUCUUUUGAGAAAGACGUUCGAUGAAUGGAGGGUACAAUCACGCCUAGCGCCUGCUGCCUCUCGCGUGUUCAAUAUGGUUAACGGGAGAAUUCUUCGAACUGCAUACACGCAAUGGGUAUCGCGUGUCCAGAUGCUUAAACAGGCAAGGGAAUUGGACCGGCACAGGCUUCUUCGCAACACCUGGACUACAUGGAACGAUCUCCUCCGUUGUCAGGCCUUGAAUGCGCGGAUAGAAGAGAGACUGAAGUUAGAGACGAUGUAUAAAUGGGUCCUCGCGGAAAGAUUUCGACUUAUGCAGCGGAUUCGAGAUAGACGAGUCACUCGUGAGGCCUUUGCUAAAUUUAUGGCUAAUACCAGUGGGACGUACUCUCAACUACUCAACCGCGCAGAUGUCUACGAAGAUCGCUGGAAUGAGGAGCUACUCCGAUCUAAACUUGCGUGCUGGCGGGACCGGCUUGCUGUUCAGCGCCAACGGGAAUAUGCGGCUUUUGAAUUCUAUGCAGGGCGGCUCGAGGAAGAAUCUCUUGCAGUCUGGGGUUCCAAGCAUCAAAAUGCGAUGAAGCUCGAAGCACGGGCUCGAGAUGCUCGUUUCUAUUUCCUCGCUACAAGGACAUUUAAACAGUUGUAUGUGAAGAGAGUAGAGUCCGCUAAACGCCGCCGUCAGGAUGCAUAUGCCACGGUCAGAAGGGGAAUCAAGAUCAGAAUCGUUUCUAAUGCCCUUGCGAAGUGGGAAGGAAAGUCAGUACAUGUAGCAGACAUGGAUCAACAGGCUCUGCAGUUCCAUCGGAAUAAGAGUCUGAAAAUCGCAUCGAAGCUCGUUGUUCGCUGGCGAGAAAGGACUGCGAAGAAGGUGAAAUUGGUUCACGAAGCUGACGGAUAUUACUUCCGCCAAAUUGCCUAUAACCAGUUGGUACGCUGGGUAGACCGCUUCUCUCAAAUUCACAACCUGGAAGGCCAUUCGGACCAGCUGCACCUCCUGCGGUCUCUGAACAACGCCGGCGCCCAGCUCCGCAAGCUUAGUCUACGCAUAUUCCAAAUCAAUACCAGAAUCGAGACCGCCGAUGCUCUGAGGGAGAGAAACUUGAAAAAGAAUUCAAGGGGCAUAUUACGCUAUUGGCUAGAGAAGGCAAGGACCGCCAUCGUCUCUCGAGGUUCUCCAGGACCUGCGUUGGACUCAACGGACCCUGGUAUUCCCGACAUCAAUGGAAUUAGCCAACCAAUUUUCCCUCCCCCAUAUCUGGAUGAGUCUCCUUUCAAAUUCAGUGAACUCCUGUCUACAUCCCCAAGUCCCGGGGGCCGCCCAUUAACGACACCGAAUCGAUUGACAUCGCCCUCGAGACGAGCAGCACGGGUGAGAGAGUUAGCCCAGAUAUCCACCACACCGAGCACGCCGUUGUACACACCUUUCGCAGGACGGAUAUUCCGGUCUGAUACAGGACCUGCCAAGGCCUCAUCGAUACGGGGGCGUCGUACUCCGAGAAGCCUGCCGCCAAAUAGUGUUCGAUUUGUGGAUGAGGAGCCCGAGUCGCCCGAGUCGCCCACAGAGGGCAGACGAUCAUCAAGCAGGAGGACAUAAUAAGAAAAUGUGGAUCUGUGCACUUGUUGGAUUGGCAACGAUGCUUUCGUUCACCUUCUGCACCGGGUUUGGUUUUAGGCGUUUUCUGUUGGAUUAUUCUUGGAUAUAAUAUUCAUGAUUUUUGUUCCAGCGGCAUUGAAGUGAGCUUGGAAAUGAGUUAUGUUGACUAGAAAUGUAUUUUUUUCAUGACCUAUAUUGUCAUAGUGAGCGUUUUGUUAGUUGAAAGUAGAUCAUCCGUGCUGUCUCGGACGUGGCCGUGCGGUAGACAGAUGAUCGGCGGAGAUGAUGCUCCAAGUCACACGCGGAUGUAGAUUGGACUCGCAUCGGCUCCAACACUUCUGCAGCUAUCUCGUCGUCAA